GCCCCCGACGACGCGCAUAUAUAAGCAGGUAUCUCCACGGUUGACGCCAUCUUUCUGCUCAUCCAUCUUGCACACCAUCAUACGCCGUACGCAAACCAGGAGCUUGCACGCAAACAAUAAACGCGUCUCUCUCAGCCAACUACCAAUACAAAAUGCGGUCAACCAGUGUUCUCGCAGUCCUCACUGCCAUCGCACUUCCCGCCCUCAGCGCACCUGCAGUUGCGUCCCCACGAGACGUGAAAGCCAUCAUCUCCGGCGGCAUCAGCUUUAGCGAGGACAGUGCCUCGACGCCCACUGCAACGGACACGUCCAGCGACGUCGCGGAGGACACCGCGACCCCCACUGGCUUUGGCAUCAUCGCCAGCAGCGUCAUCCCCACCGCGUCCUACGACGAACGCAUUUUCAGCUCCCUCCUGGACGUGCUCUCCAGCUUGUCCCCCACUGUCACCGACACCAGCGACGCGUCCGACCCGAGCAGCACCACUGCCGCCUCCGACUGCUCGUCGGGCGUGACCGUCGAGGUCGGCUCAGACGACGACUCAGACGACACCGAGUCCUCGGACUCGGACACGCCGGACGAGCCCGGCCCUGGCGACGCCGCCGACCUCCCCAGCAUGGAGGGCGAGCCGCACAACUUCAUCAAUCGCCGCACGGCGCUCGUAUCCGCAUCAGGCUCCUGCGACGAGCCGUCUACGACGAGCUCCGCGACGUCCACGAGCGUCGCACCCACGUCGACAUCCGAGUCCUUGAGCAACUGCCUGGCCAAGUGCUCGCGCAAGCGCGCCAUGGACGAGACGCAUGACUGCGUUGACAACUGCUACUCCGUCGUAUAGAACCUGGUCGCACAUCUGCCGCACCCAUUCAGAGGGGUUUACUGGGAGGAUCAGAUUUGGGUUAGGCCGAUAGACUUAUAAUCUGGCUUGCAAAAUAGAUAUCGAGGCAUUGUUCUUGUUCUUUG